GUCACUAGUAAGUAACAGUAACAUCAGUAAUGUUAAUGUUCUAGGUUAGGUCAUAAAAGUAAAUUCAGUGAACAAAUCAGUUAUUUAUACAUUUACACGUAUUAAUUGUAUUGUAUGUAAGCAAUGUUGUGAAGUUAUUUGAAUAAUGGAGAAAAUACUAAAUGGAACAAUAGACAAAAAUUUGAUAGUUGGAUCGGAAAUUUCAUGGCCAAAAGAAUUUCCUGAACUAAAGCUCAUUGAUGACUUAUUACGAUGUGGUAUCUGUUAUGAUUACAUCAAAACUUGUAUGGUGACUCCGUGUGCCCACAGUUACUGCUCUAUAUGUAUCAGAAGAUCAUUGCUUUAUAAAACAGCAUGUCCAACAUGCUUUGAGGAGACAUAUGAAACAAAUUUAAGAAACAACAGGAUUUUAGAUAGAGUUGCAGAGCUGUUCCUUAGUAUUAAAGAUAGACUGGUAAAACAUUUGAGGAUAGCAGCAGUUCACUUUAAUUGCAACGAAAAACUUCAGUCACCUGCAACAUCUUUGAGUGCGUCAUCACAGAAAACAGUUCACCAAGAGGAAACACCUAAAAGAAAUAUCCAAAAACCUGGAAAGUCAUCCACUAAAGGAAAAUUAACAUUUAAGUCUCCCUCACUUGACAGUAGUUCUAAGAAAUCUGAGAUUUCAAAACGAUUAGAAGAUCUCCUUGGAACAAGCACUGCACAAGGUCCAGAGAGAAAGGCAUCAAAUAGUUUAGAACUUUUAAAUGAAGACGAAUUUCAAAGAAUCACCACAGUACCUCCGAUGUUUCUCCAACCCAAGGUAGAUUCUCAGCCCAAGAAUGUGGAUGUUUCCACAGUUCCUUGUCCAGUUUGUGCCGUGAAUAUACCUGAGAGGAACAUCAAUACUCACCUUGACAACUGUCUAGCCAAUGUUGAUAAACCUCCUGUCAAAAGCCCUGUGAAAGCAAGACAGAAGAGAAAUCCUUUGCCAAAAAUGGUUUGGUCACUUAUGCCAGAAAAAGAUUUGAGAAAAAAAUUGAAAGACUAUGGUUUGAACAGUCAAGGGGAAAAGAAAGCCCUCAUUUCCAGGAUUCAGAGGUAUAUUCUACUGUUCAACUCAGAGUGUGAUAAGGAUAACCCUAGACCUGUAUCGGAGAUUGUGCGGCAGGUUGAGAGAGAAGAGAAACAAGCUCCUAAUUCAAUUCAACAAGCAAAUAGGCUGGUGGUAAACAAAAAAACUGAUCCUAAGAUUAUAGAAGAAGAAAACAAGAAGUACAUACGAGAUAACAAAGAUAGUUUCAAAAAACUCAUUGAAGCCAUGAAAGAGAGAGAAGGAAAAAAUAUAAAGCCAACGGCAAGAGCUUCUAAUGUUAUAUUGAGUGAUGAUGAAGAUGAUGACAUCUACAGGGAUCAGAAUAAAGUAUCAGUAUCAAAUUUUCCAUCAGCAAGGUCCCACGAUGCACCCAGUACCUCUAGCGCUGUCUGGGAACACGUGAAUUUAAGUGACUCCGACUCCAACGGCUCACAAUCACCCAUACUUGGAGGUCGGGUCUCAGAUAAAAAAACGCUUUGUAAUGGCAACACUCCUGCAUCUGUUCAAAACUACAAUUCACCAAACAACACAAGAGGUAGAACUGCUGAACUGAAUAAAGUGACAAAUGGCGAUUUAGAAAGUAAUAGCCCACGGCCAGUGAGUGAUUCACCAUUGGCAGAUGAAAACAGUUUCUCCAGUCCACCGAAGAGAUCUCCCAGCUGCAUUAUCACCACUCACAGUGAUAGUGAGGAUAGUAUUAGUUUACUUGUGGAUAAAAAUAUUGAUGAAGAUUUCCUUGAAAGCACCUUAGGACCAGCUACUGAAAAUGUUCUCAAUGGCAACAGUCAACUAGAAGAUCCAGAUUUUGUUGUUGAUACUGAAGAUCAGAAUGAAAAUUAUAGUGAUGAAGUGUUUGUACCUAAGAGGAAAUCAAAACGGAAACUCAAAAGUCCUGUCCUGGGUGACUCUAAUCAAACCCCAAGCCCCCGACGCACAAGACGGCGUAUAAGUAAAUAAAAUGAACACAAUCUUCUUGUAAUCAAUGUAGUAACUGAACACUUUCUUCAAAAUCUGGAACUAUUUAUACUUUUAUAACAUUUUUAUAAUAAACAGAUCUAAUAAAAACUCAAACUACAUAUUUUUACAUAGCAAAUUACAUCUUGUUUGCCUCUCUGAUUGUAGAGUCAGUGUAAUCAGUGUUUUAUUAAAUAAAUGAAAGUUGUUAAGAAUAUAGAAUAAUUAAGUGUCCACAGCUGUGAUUAGACAUGUUAUGUCUUAAAAAAGUACAAUUAAGCAUUACAUGCCAAAUGUGUACUAUAGGCCUUAAAGGAUGUAAGUUUAGCUAUUUAAAAGUUUAUUUAUAGUUUCUUUUAAACCACCAUAUAUUAAGACUUUCGAAGGAUGGAAAUUUAAAAGCUCUAACAGCGAGUUAAAUAUUUAUUAUGUGUCAAUGUAUGGACAGUGUCAAAAUUGAAAAUUUAAAUUGCUAUACUGUAUUGAGUGAGUGUAAGCAAUUGUUUUGCAAAUAAGAAUAAGAAGGAAAUUGGUAUUACUAAAGAUAAUAAAACAGAUUCAUACUUAAAUCUAGUAACUAAAACAUUGGGAAUUGGCUCCUAGCUUAUUUAUUAGAUGAUUGUUCAUAGUAUAUUAAGAAAAGAAAUUUUGGAAUUAGUAGAAAAUUAGCAAGAUUUAGUACUAAAAAGACACAUCACUCAUAGUGACUAGAUUAACUAAUAAUAAUUUUUUGUAAUAAAUCAACCUCUAUCCUUUUUCAAUUUGUAAAAUAUUAAACAAUUAACUUAUUUCAGUUAGCAAUUUAUAAAAGUGUAAUUGAUGGGAUUGUUAUUUGGCACAGGAUAUUGCCCAUUGUUCUUGUAGAGUACAACAUUGUUUUUAUAAAAGUAUAAUAAAUACAUUAUUUUCAACAUCAAGUCAUUAACCAGUUUUAUGACAAGUAAUAUUUAUGCAUAAAUCAUAAUAGCCUCUAAAAGUUAAAUUAAUAUAUAUUAUUUAAUAUCGCUUAUUCUAAUGUUGUGUUGGUGUUAGGCACUUAAGGAU